AGUCGAUAAUGCAGAACAGGCAUGAUCUCCAUUUGCUCUACCACGGCAAUGACCAACAGGUUGUGCAACUGAAUUACAGCAAAACCGGUUUAGAACGAAUAUUCGCUUCAGAACUGACCCACGACAUUCAUUUUUGCCGAGCAAUACGAAAAGCAGAAAUUGUGACUUUUGAGGUUACAAUAUAUGGAAAAAAUAAACGAGAAGGAGACUUCAAAUUGAUAAUAGAACCCGUAAAAUCGAAACCAACUGAUAAGAAAAGUCAAACUUCUUUACAUUCUUCAUUUAUCAUUGAACCACCAUGCGUUUGGGCUGGCAAUAAGCAGAAAGGGAUUUUUAGAUUUAUAGUGAAACUGGAAAAUGAGGCACUGCUAAUGAAAAUGGAUGAAGACGAAAAUUGGUUCCCCGUUUUAUAUUUUUCAAAAACAUUGGACUAUUACAAUAUGAGAAUGAGUUUAUGUAAGACUGUAAGAUCAGUUUUGAUCGGGAGCCAAAUGAACAAAAAACCAUCCUCAAAAACGGAAGAUAUUGGUUUGAAACUGGAGUGUUUAUGUAAUUCAAAAAACAGUUCCAGGAAUUAAACAACGUUUCAACAAGAAAUAAUCACUAUCAUAUUAUUAGGGCUGCUUAGGGGGCUAGCCCCUUCAGUGGGGCUGAGCCCCUUUAAGACAGCCCCCGACACUUUUGGGGUUCCGCACGGGCCGGCGGAAUCCCGAAAGCGUCGGGGGCUGCCAAACAACUACAUAUUGCACUACGCUGUUCAACGCGUGAAAAACUGGGGCUGAGCCCUUUGCAGCCCUUUAGCAGCCCUACAUAUUAUCUACCACAUUGUAUUCAUUUUUUAUGAUUUAUAAUUGAUAGUAAAAUUAUAUUAAAGUUUUAAAAUUGAAA